GUUUACCGCCCGCCGUCGCUGCGGAAACCAGAAAGAACCACCAACAAGCAAUGUUCAUCAAUCUGAUCCGCAGACCGGAGCGCAAUCCACUCACUCUUGACGCCCAACUGGUAGUGCAGCUCUGCUGCUGACAUGGUGCAGCCUGCCCUCGCCUCCCGUUAACUUGUUUAUCCUCGUCCUUGCAUACUCCUGACUCCCUCCCCAAUCGAUUCGCAUCCCGCAUUUUCAGUUGUGAGGCCUUGUGCUUCCCAUUGCGACCAUCAUGGAGAAGACAAGGAGAUUGGGGUCACGUAUCCCCGGCCUCAAGGAAAUGAACCAGUCCGGUACAAACGCUCGCUCGAAGCUCCCACAGCCAGGCGCAAUUGCAAAUAAACCCAGUGCGGUGCCACGUAUGUUGGACAAACAUUGGAUAUAUGGAGCUUAUCUAACGAAGAAAGAACCCUCCCGGACAAGGAGCAUCACAGAAUCCACUCGGACUGGCGCAGGCUCGCUGUCCUCAUCACGGUCCGUGAACGGGACAACAAAGGCGCAUGGCCGCGCCAAUUCCUAUGCGACUUCCACAUUGACCCGAUCAGCCUCAGCUGCCUCGCGGCCCAGAGGACCGUACUCGGCUUCGACAACUGGGCCUGCACAGCGCCCCACCACCUCCCUAAGUAACUCUCGACGACCGAACGCAUACUCGAUCCCGCGCCCUGCUACGUCCUUGGAUACCCAUGAGGAGGAAACCGGGCGCAGAGUGCUCGGAAAACGCGGCGAAUGGGACCAAGAGUCUCGCGAACAGAAUAUGGAGAACAUAUUCAGUAUGUUUAUGUCUCAAAUGAGCCAGGCCGGACACGAGAGCACUGGUCUAAAGGAAGCGCUUGAGUUAUACAAGGCGCGAGUUGGUGAGCUAGAAGAAGCGAAGAAGGAACUGACGGAACAAAACCUAUCUCUCCGUGUCGAACUCGAAUCUAUCAAAACAGGCAUAGCCGCAGUAGAGGAGACCUUUAAACACUCUCAGCGGGAACACGAAAUCGAAAUAGACGAACUCCUCUCUCACCAGCGUAUGGAAACAGAAAAUGUUAGACACGAAGGCCAGAAGGCGUUGGACGCCCUCAAACUGCAGCACGAAUCCGAAAUCCGGGACUUGCGACGGCGAUUUGAACAUGAGCUAGAGGACGAGAAAGCCGCACGGCUACGGGAACUAAAUCAACUCCACUCGCAAACCGCCCUUGAUGCUCAACUAUCGCAGAUUGAACUUGACAAGAAGCUGAAGGAACUCGCAGCCGCUCAGGACGAUCUCCAAGGUCUACGCGCCGAACUCGAACGGGAACGAAAGAACAACCAAAACCUCCGACAGAACCUGGAUACGGCCGGCUCCAAUAGCGUGACACUAGAGUCUACCAUUAGCGCACUCAAAGCGAGAAUCGAGUUCCUCGAGUCUGGGAGGGAGGAACAAUCCCAGGCCUUUGAACGAUUGAACCAGCAAAUGAUGGACGCGAUUGCGGAAACGAACGUGGCCAAAGAAAAGCUUAGACGAGAGGAAACACUACGGCGCAAGCUUCACAAUCAAGUGCAGGAACUCAAGGGUAACAUCCGGGUAUUUUGUCGUGUCCGGCCGCCUCUUGGAGUCGAGGAGGUCUCGGAUGCAACUCAGUUUACCUACCCAGAUGAGUCUGAAGACUGCAAAGAGAUCAACAUCGUAGGGCCUGAGGAGAGGAGCAGCCUUGGGGCUGUGACGCGAAAGAACCACAACUUCUCCUUCGACCAUGUAUUCGGGCCAUCGGCGCAGAAUAGUGAUGUUUUUGAUGAAAUCAGCCAACUUGUCCAGAGUGCGCUCGACGGAUACAACGUUUGCAUCUUCUGCUAUGGCCAGACAGGCAGUGGUAAAACACACACUAUGUCGUCUCUGGAUGGCAUGAUCCCCCGAGCGGUCCACCAGAUAUACGAAACAGCAACGAGUUUAGAAGAAAAGGGUUGGAGGUACAAGAUGGAGGGAAACUUUGUGGAGGUCUAUAACGAGAACUUGAACGAUUUGCUGGGAAAGGCUGAGGAGCUCGACAGAAAGAAACUCGACAUCCGUCACGACAUGCAGAAAGGCAAGACGAUUAUAACGGACGUGACAACCGUGCAGCUGGACUCGCCGGAGAUGGUCGAGUCCAUUCUCAAGAGAGCUGCAGCCAAUCGCUCCGUGGCAGCCACGAAGGCGAACGAGCGGUCCUCUCGAUCCCACUCAGUCUUUAUCCUAAAACUGAUUGGCGAAAACUACAUCACAGGGGAACGCAGCGAAGGAACCCUGAACCUGGUAGAUUUGGCCGGAAGUGAAAGACUCAGUCACAGUGGCGCUACUGGAGAACGACUUCGAGAGACACAGAACAUCAACCGCAGCUUGAGCUGCCUAGGCGAUGUCAUUGCAGCCCUCGGUCAGGGCAAGGAAGGGGGCCACAUUCCCUACAGGAAUAGCAAGCUGACCUAUCUUCUUCAAUUUUCGCUGGGAGGAAAUUCGAAGACCCUGAUGUUCGUUAUGGUCAGCCCUUUGCAGGCACACCUCUCCGAGACCCUGACCAGUCUCAAGUUCGCCACAAAAGUGCACAACACGCACAUUGGAACAGCAAAACGACAGACCCGCGUCCGCGAUGUCUAACUUAGAUUCCCCGAUGAUUGUACCCGGCCGCCAUGACCCUGGCCUUCUUGAACUUUGGAUUGAUGAACUCGGUGUCUGGCGUCGAACUGCUUCUGUUACCUUUCUUUUCUUUUCUUUUGGAGAUAUUGUCCCGUUCAUUCCCCCAGAUGCUUGCUUUCACGUUGUUUAUAGCUCGUUCUACCAUUACCCCGUGUUUUCAUUGUUUGGAGGGCUUGUUGGGAUGUCGGAUUUAGCUUAAUGAUAGUAACCCUAUUUAUAUUAUACUUGUAGCCAGUCAAUGAAAUGAAUACACCAUGUCAUGCUAAGCGACAUGUUCAAAAGCGUGCUCAAUAUUAGUGGGAAUUUAAACAGAAAGGAUGCACUUUUACGCCUAUAUUAGCUUUCUGAAGUGGAAAGUAUUUAAUUGGCAGAUGGCUAUAUAUUUU